AUCAGGCAGAGGAUCUCGAGGUUCCGAGCAGGAAAAUGAUUGUUACCAUGGUAUCAGGAGAGAACAUCACAAUUUUGAUUUACAAAAGAAACAAACUUCAUCAUGAUGUAUCUCAAUAAUAACCAAAACUCCCUUACUAUCCUCCUCUUGGCAGGAGUGACUCCUGCCAUGAUCCAUAGUAGUGAUUCUUGUUCCUUCUCCACCUCGGGUACCACCUCCGAAGACGGAUGGUACACCACGUCCUCCGCCACGGUGCCAUUUCAAAUGCAAGCGGGUGGAACCGCCACCUGUACUAUGGAUUCAAACUACAACAGAGGAGUCAUUGCCCUCAAAUUCAAUGCAGACGCCACGGAAGAUGACAGUGACGCCCGCAAGUUUGACACCUUUCCAAUUACCCUCACAGAAAUGUUCCCGGACGAAACCAUGUAUCUGGGAUACUGGUUGGGGAGCACCUUUCCUUUGUCGCCGCCAACGGCCACUGGCAUUUCAUGGACACUGUCUUGUUCGUGUGACCUUCCCGUCACGGAAUCACCCACUGCAGCGCCGACAGAAGUCCCGACAGCAUCACCCACAGCAGCGCCAACAGUGGCAUCCACAACGGCUCCCACUUCAUCGUCGACAGUGGCAUCCACAACAGCUCCCACCUCUGACAGUGGCGACAAUGGCGGCAAUGGCGGCUUGUCGGGAAUGGGGUGUUUCUCCGAGUCCACCAAGGUUCACGUCCAAAACAAGGGAUUCACUCUCAUGAAGGACCUGCAAAUUGGCGACAAUGUUUUGACCGGAGGCGGAUUCGGAUAUCAACCGGUAUACAGUUUCGGGCACCGCCUCGAACAGGAUAGUCUGGGACUUGACUUUUACCAAAUAUACACGCAGGGCAGUGGUGAUAGUGACAGUCCUGUUGUGGAAAUGACGGGGAAUCACUUGAUCUUUAUCAAGGACAAUGACGGCAACAAGGAACGGGCCGUUCGUGCCGACCAGGUGCAAGUGGGCGACGUCCUGGUAUCCACCACCAAGAAGAUGGAUCAACAGUAUGCCGUCUCAAAGGUCACCACCACAAGCAUUCCCAAGGGUCUCUACAUGCCCUUGACCCCGGAUGGUUCCAUUGUUGUGGCAGCGAAUGACAAUGAUACCUCUGGCAUUGUGGCAUCGACGUAUGUCUCCAUUGCCAACGAGUCACCUGUGAUAGUCGAGCGAAUCCACGAUGUUUUCGGCAUUGACGAACAGAGUCUUGUGCAUUGGUGGCUGAGUCCCUAUCGCCUGAUGUGUCUAGGCGUUUCUUCCAGGCUCUGUCAAGAAGACAACAAUCGGAGCGAUGAGGGUAUCUUGACAUGGCUGCUACAAGGUCGAGAGUUUGCACAGUGGACAGAGUCUCGGGGAUUCUUUGCCUUUCAACUCAUUAGCGUUCCGACCUUUGGUUUCUUUGCGUUCUGCAACUUGGUCGAACAGAUCAUCUUGUUACCGUAUCAUGGUGGCUUGUUCGGCUAUGCGAUUGCAGCAGGCGUUCUUGUCAUGAGUAUGGCCGCUAGUGGGCGAUCACGGAAACGAAAGACGGCAUGAGAUCCUACUGUAUACAAGCAAAGCUAGGUAUUGUAGCGAGUACAGAAUCAAUAGAUCGACAGACAAUAAACUGUAGCUCUAAAUCGCUUUAGUGUCU